GUGGGCCGAGAAUGAUGUCACCCCAGGAUAUGAACCCAGGUUUUAGAGCACCGGGAUUCCCAAUGCCUUUACAAAUGAUGGAGAUGAAUAUGCCAAUGCAAGGAUUUCCAGGUUCACAGGGUUUUCAAGGUUUCACUGGUCCGCAAAUGCACCAGGUUUUUCAGAAUCAAAGUCCGGACAUGUCACCAAGAUCUAGUCAGUCCAGUACAGCUGGCCUGUCACCUCGUUCUAAUAGUUCUGGGUUUGAUCCUCAAAUGGCUGCCAACCAGAAAGAAGAAUAUACAACUCCUAAUCAGCCUAUGACACUGCCUAAGAUCAAUAGUUCUCUGAAUCCUAAUGCACCAGAUUUUACUUCAAGAUCAAUACCUGGUGGGAACCCAUUUCAAGUUCCUGGUGGCCCUCCAAACUUUCAAGGUGCAGGAUUUUCCGUUCCUCCUAUGUACCAGCAUGAAUUGGCAAAACAACUCCUGUCCGUUUUUAACAACCUAGGACCUAGUCAGGGUAACCCUUUAAGAGCCCAUCCUAGCCGGCCUGAAAAUUACCUAUUGGGAUGA